GGGAAAUACGAUGGUGGAAUUCCCCCAUAUUCUAGGGCUUCACUCAAGGGUUAUCAGUGGUUAAAGGACAAGAUAUUGAGUGAAGAAGGACGACGGCAACAAGCUAAGCUGAAAGAGCUUCAGGCCAUCGCAGAACGUUUGGGCUGCACGCUUCCUCAGUUAGCCAUUGCCUGGUGUCUGAGAAAUGAGGGUGUCAGUUCGGUGCUGUUAGGAGCUUCUAAUGCUGACCAACUCCUGGAGAAUAUUGGAGCAAUACAGGUCCUUCCAAAACUAUCGUCUUCUAUUAUACACGAGAUUGAUAGUAUUUUGGGCAACAAGCCAUAC